AUGCACAGCAUCCGCCAACGUAGAGCCAAGGUGGUCAGCGAUGCGGCGUCUUGUGGCGUGGUAGAUAGGUCACCCUCAGCGGGACCUCUGGGGUGUCACGAACAGGCGACGACGGACUGCCCGGGCCUGACGGAUCUCUCCAAAGCCUGUCCGGCCAGCUGUCCCUACGUGGCUCCGCACCCCUACCUCAGCUGCGUGUUUGAGUGCGCUUCUGCAGCAAGCUGUUCCAGCGCCAACAACGGCCGCGCCUUUCCGAACAAUCGCACGAAGCAGUGCGAGCCCUGUGCAGUUGUAGGAUGCAAGCGCUGUGAUUCGCAGGACACCUGUGCCGAGUGCUUUGACAACUUUUGGCCCGAAUUUGGGGGCAGAGUCUGUGUUUACGUUUGGGACGAUCGCGCCCAGAGCGGCGUCAAUGCAGCUUUCUCUUUCGCACUGCUGACUAUUCUCCUUGUCUCAGCUGGAGCCCACUUCUCGGAAGAUGCCCUCGUCCGUGUACAGCGCGACUGUAGCUUGUCCAAGUUUGACACGCAAGGCCACACUGAAGAGGCCAUCGAGAUUGAUGAUUAUGACACCACACUUAUGGCGAUCAACCAGGGGAAGCUCCAUCGAUUGCGGUGCAAGGUAAAGAACCUGGAGCCGCACCGCACGGCUGGGAUGCGCCACUCACAAAGCCUCCUGAGCCACAUGGAGCGGCAGCAGGUGGUGCAGGAUCAGCUCUACACGGUCUUUGUCAUGUUUUGCCAUUAUAGGCAUGAUUGGGAAGCUGCAGGCAAUCGCAGUGUUCCUAUUCUGCUAAUUGUCGGCUAUCAGGUAUUGAACGGAGUUCCGGGCCUCGAGCCGAUGUGA